AUGAAAAACUUUGAGUUAAAAGGUAUAAAAACAAUGUACUUCCUGUUUUCUUUGAUUCUAUCAAUUGUAUGUUCAACAAUCGAUGCCAACAAUGAUCAGUCUUAUCCACCUAUACGUACAAUGACAAUAAAAAUACGUUCACAUUCAAUUUAUAAACUUGGUUAUUUCGCUAAUUUUAUAGAAAAUUAUACAUCCAGUUCAAUAAUGAGGUGUACAUUAAUAUGUCAAAAUAAUGAUUACUGUCGAACAGCAACCUAUUACCCGUCACCCUUGUUCAUAUGUUCAUUAUAUGAAGAAUAUUCUUAUGUUGGACAGUUGUUAACAGAUUCAUCCUUGUAUUCAUCAUCUGUUAUUUUAUUUCAAUUAUGUCCAACAGGUUACACAGAACCCUAUUAUCUUUGUUUUGGUACAUCACGUGAUCCUAUUCCAUAUGCCCUUGCUCUCAAUCAGACACAAUUGAUAACAACAAUUACAAAUUUAGAAAUAUUUCUGCCACGUAUGAGCACAAAAUAUUUAUAUUUACCAUUGCAUAAAGAUGAUAAUAUUUAUUUAUAUGAUUUAACAUCAUCAUAUAGCUUUGUACAAGAAUUAAUAUUAAAACCAAAUAUGAGAUCAGUCAUCUAA